AGAAAUUCUAUCUUUUUUAUUUUACUAAAUUGUAGUUUUGGAAGUAUAGUAUGUAUUCUAAGUAUUCAGUCUUUAGGCAGAACACCCUUACCUAUUCCUACUCAGAAAUUUAGUGAGGUCUCAAAAAUAGAACAAAGGGAAAAGGAAAGGUUGCAAAAGGAGGAAGAAAAAGACGUAGAAAAAAAAAAAGAAAUCCACUGAAGAAGAUCCUUCCCUUUUUUCCGAAGAAAAGGGUAUUUUGGAAAAAGAAUUGGACUUGAAAGUAAACGAACCGGACUUGGAAGGAUCUGAUUCUGAAUUGGAAAUCCUUGAAAAAUAUGAAAAUAAAGAACAUAUUGUGGCUCUUCUUUUUGAUUAUAAAAGAUGGACUCGGCCAUUUCGCUACAUAAAAAAUAAUAGACUUGAACAAGCGGUAAGAAACGAAAUGGCACAAUAUUUCUUUGACAUACAUAAAAGUGAUGGAAAAGAUAGAAUAUCUUUUACCCAUCCGAUAAGUUUAUCAACGUUUUUUCAAAUAAUCAAAAAAAAGAUACCCCUUUUAUCAUUAGAAAAAGAUAUUUCUAAUAAAUUGGACAAUUUUUGGGUUUCUAGAAACAAACAAAAAUUAAAUUCUAUAAAAAUUGAUUUGUUAAAUCGAAUUAAAAAUCUUGACAAACCAGUAUCAGUCCCAAUACUAGAAAUUGAAACAACCAAAACGCGAUUAUGUAUACACAAUGAUGAGACUAGAAAAGAAUACUUACCAGAAGAGUAUGAUCCCUUGUUAAAUGGGCCC